AUGCAAGCUCGAUGGAUGUCGGCGAGCCGGGGUCUGCUGGCUAGCGUUUCGCAGCGAUCAUGCACGUGCGGUUUCAGUGCAACGACCACGACAUCGACAUCCAUGGUUGCGCCCGCCUCGAAGAAUUACUUUUCCUCGAUCUUCUUACGGGACAACGCAAGAAGAAGCCCCACCAGCGGAGUCAUGACUGGACCUUCGCCUCGUGAUUACUAUGAUCCACCCGUACCCCGUUCCUGGACUCGAUCGUCGUCCACCGUGCCCUCUUAUCCUCAUCGGCCGCCCCCCCAACCGCACUCGACCCCAGCCUACGAAGUCAAGACACUAGAAAAGCAAGCCGCCAAGUCGUCGCUCUUCUCAUGGGGUCGAGGUCCAUCAUCUACUGCCCCUCCCCAUCACCCCUCCGACGAGGAUCCGGUCGGCGCGCUGAAGGAACGCGAGAUGGAGAAGAUACUGUUGAGGAGGAGGAUGAGGAGGGAGUCGGGAAAGAGUUUUUCAGGGGGAGGUACGACAUCCUUGGAUGUGAGGUGUACAACCUUGGACGAAAAUGGUCAGUCCGGAAAUGAGGAGAUCGUUCCAAGCUCGACGAAGAGAAGAUGCUGACUUUGAGAGCGGAUCGAUCGUGCAGGCGUGGUCACGACAACCGCGGGAGAAUACGAUAAAUUACAGCUAUGCUCAAGAUACGGGAUCCCACCUCGCGAUCUGAGGAAACUCGACUCGGGUGGUGAGCACUCACUUAUUCGACAGGUCACGUGAGAGCCUCGGUCUGAUUGGUUUGUACGCUUUCGUACCAGUGCCGACGGUGGUGCCGACCAUCCUCGUCAGGAGAUCAGCCAUCCUCUUGACGAUUCUUCACCUACGUGUCGUGAUCACAGCCAAGGAGGUCACCCUGUUCGACUCGGUCGGAACGUGAGCACUCUUUGACACUCUUCAUCCUAUCCCGAUUGCACGGAACUGAGCCGGGUCGUUCCUUUGAGCCUCUCAGCGAGGACAGCCAUCUCAAAUCCGUCUUCGUCUGGGACCUGGAAUACGCAUUGAAGAACCCAUCCAAAGCAGGGCCAGGGACGGGUCAUCAUUCUACCCUGCCUUACGAAUUUCGUGCUCUCGAGACGUGCCUCAUCUCUGUCACGACCGCGCUCGAUACCGAGCUCGAUAAUAUCCGAGCGCUGGUUCAAGAGCUAUUGCAGGCCCUUGAGGAGCAUAUCGGUGAGGCAUCAUACUGGAUACUGGAUCGAGACUAUAGGUGGACGAAAGCUGAUGAUUGCACAAUCCGCAUAAUCUAAGAUCGUGAUAAUCUAAGAUUACUCUUGCAAUACUCCCGGAAAUUAGCCGACUUUGAGAAGAGGGCGACUUUGGUCAUGCAAUGUUUGGACGAGGUGCUCGAAAAUGGUCCGCCGGACUUCUUACUACACGUACAUUUGGAAAAACAGCUAACUGAAGUCUCUUUGUCCGCAAUUCAGAUGAUGAUCUCGCCGCCAUGUACUUGACGGAGAAGCUGCGCGACAACUCCCGCCUCUCGAACGACCACGAAGAGGUGGAGCUUUUGCUCGAGAGUUUCAGCAAGCAAUGCGAAGAAAUCGUAUCCGAGGUCGAGAUACUUUCUGUAUGUUCCCACUUCAAUGAUUCCGUUUCACGCAAGAAUCACGCCUAAUAUGUCUGCCACAUGCUUUGAUUAGGCCAACGUACGGAGUACCGAAGACAUCAUCGAACUUAUCCUCGACUCGAACCGCAACUCUCUACUCGGCCUGGACCUUCGAGUCUCCAUCGCCACCCUUGGUCUCACGUCGGGUGCUCUCGUCGCCGGUCUGUUCGGCAUGAACGUGAGUCGAACGAGCCUUGUCAGGGGUUAGCUGGUGAUGACCCCGUCACUGACACCGUCCCUUUCCCUCCUUCACAACCAGUUACAAUCCCGUCUCGAAGAACACGCCUACGCAUUCCCCGUCGUCACCGUAGGCGCCAUGAUCCUUGCCGUCGGCGUCACCUACCUAGGCCUCAAGACCCUGCGACGCAUGAGGAGGGUCGGUCUAGGCUGGCGAGGAGCAGGAACGGGAUCGAGUUUGGGUGGUUUCGCGAGGGAUCGCAAUCCACAUGGGGCGAACGAACCGGCGUUGAGAUGGGGUGAUAAGUGGGCUUCGAGAAAGAGGAGUAAAUUUCGUAGGACCUAA